UCUGUUGCUGCUAGUGUCCCCGACUCUGGGUCUCUGUGGGUCUCUGUUGCUGCUAGUGUCCCCGACUCUGGGUCUCUGUUGGUGCUAGUGUCCCCGACUCUGGCAACCGUUUGACUGUUUUCUAUUGAGUGGCGAUUCUUAGCGACGGGGUCAGAGUCCGGGUUUAGGAUGGAUGCUGCUGCAGAGAGAGGAGUGAGCCGGCUGGAGAGGAGCAGCCACACCGCGUUCAUAACCAGCAACACGCUGUAUGUGUGGGGGGGCUACCAGGUGGUUGCUGGAGAGGAUGUCAUGUUGCCCAGUGAUGAGAUAUGGCUCUGUGAUUUAGACAGCGGGACCUGGGAGAGGAGGGAGAUCGCCGGAGACAUCCCCCCAGACUUAUCAGGCUCCUGUGGCUCUUGCGUUAAUGGAACACUCUACAUCUUUGCAGGAUGUGACCCAAUUGGAUACAACAAUCAGAUGUUCAGCGUUGACCUAUCAGAGCAGCGCUACUUGUGGAAGAAAGUGACCGACACCAAGGGAACGACGCCGUCACCGCGUAACAAACACACCUGUUGGGUCCACAGAGACAGAUUAAUCUACUUUGGUGGAUAUGGAUGUAAGACCAUUGGGGAGGUACAAAACACAUCCUCAUCGAGCUUUGUCAUGGAAGAGAUGUCCUGGGCAACAAUUGGAAACACGUUGUUUAGGUGCUGGGGCUGGAACAAUGAAGUCAGUGUUUUUGACUUGCGUACCGUUACGUGGAGCACGCCUGAGACUCGGGUGAGUAAAACGACAAUUUGCUGUCUGAUUAGAAUUUCCCUAGCGUGUCUAGUAUUGUGCAGACUUUCUCGCUUUCAGGUUAAUCACUUGCAGGAAAACUGUUUACCUAAAACAAGUGUAUGUGACUGUUCACAGGAGAAGGCAGAAUUGGACGUGUUCUGCUUGGACCUGGUGACAUGGACCUGGACUCAGUUUGACACCUCCCCAUCCUGUACACCUCUGGGGCGCUCUAUGCACACCAUGACGCCCACAUCGGAUCAUACACUCAUCAUAUACGGAGGUCUUGGCACAGAUGGAAAUGCUCUCAGUGAUGCCUGGCAGUUCAACACACAGAAGAGAGUGUGGACCAAGAUGACGCAUCCACACAAUGACAGGCCCAGGGUCUGUCACACAGCGUGCCUGGGGAGUGACAACGAUAUUGUUGUGUUUGGGGGAAGCAGCGACUUCUGCAUCCUCAUGGACUCGGUGGCUGUUCUGAGGGCCCCAUCACAGCAUCACUGCAGAGAUGUGAUUAUCUUUCAGACCCAGCCGUACUCCCUCCUCAGAUUGUGUGAGGACUUCGUAGGAGAAAACCCGGAGCUGUUUGAGAAGCAGAUAAGUUGGCUGCCAUCAAAACUGAGGAGCAAAAUCAAGAAGAGAGUGGCCUUUUUCUCUAACAUGAAGCCUGUCCUCACAACAUGAAGACUGAUUUUAGUGACAUGAUUCUGAGCUGGUCUGUUACCACAGAGCUUUUUUUUUUUUUUUGUGGAUCAGGAAUGUGAGGUUUUAU